UACAAAAAAAAAUACAAAAAAAAAACACAGAAGCAAAAGAGAAGAGACACGUGAGAAUGUGUCAUCCUCUUUCCUCACUUGUCUGAGAGAAGAAUAUGAGUUGCAGAAGCAGCUUCAUAAGCCACAAAAAUAUACAUAAAGCAGAGAUGAAGCAGCAAGAACAACAACUAUGGGUUUUGUUGUUGUUGUUGUUCUUGUCUUUGCUUUUAGGAAAAGGGUAUUCUGGGAAACCAGAAGUUGUCAAAAUCGGUUCUAUCUUCAGUUUCAAUUCAGCGAUUGGCAAAGUUGCUAAGAUUGCUAUUGAGGAAGCAGUCAAAGAUGUCAACUCAAAUCCUAACAUUCUUACAGGAACUAAGUUCUCUGUCUCGAUGCAGAACUCUAACUGCAGUGGUUUCAUGGGCAUGGUUGAAGCAUUGAGGUUUAUGGAGAAAGAUAUAGUUGGGAUUAUAGGACCACAAUGUUCUGUUGUUGCUCAUAUGAUAUCUCACAUGGCUAAUGAACUUCGUGUACCUCUUCUAUCGUUUGCUGUAACGGAUCCUGUAAUGUCGCCGUUACAGUUUCCGUAUUUUAUCAGGACAACUCAGAGUGAUUUGUAUCAAAUGGACGCUAUUGCUUCAAUUGUUGAUUUUUAUGGUUGGAAAGAAGUGAUUGCUGUGUUUGUGGACGAUGAUUUCGGAAGGAACGGUGUCGCUGCGCUUAACGAUAAGCUUGCGAGUAGGCGGUUAAGAAUCACUUAUAAAGCUGGUUUGCAUCCGGAUACGGCUGUGAAUAAGAAUGAGAUUAUGAACAUGCUUAUCAAGAUUAUGUUGCUUCAGCCUAGGAUCAUUGUGAUACAUGUGUAUUCGGAAUUGGGUUUCGCGGUUUUUAAAGAGGCUAAGUAUCUUGGAAUGAUGGGAAAUGGGUAUGUUUGGAUUGCUACGGAUUGGUUAUCUACGACGCUUGAUUCUUCGUCUCCGCUGCCUUCUGAACGGCUGGAUACUAUUCAAGGUGUUCUUGUUUUGCGUCCGCAUACGCCUGAUUCGAGUUUAAAACGCGAGUUUUUUAAGAGGUGGCGUAAAGAUUCUGGUUCAUCUUUGGCUCUUAAUACGUAUGCUCUUUAUGCUUAUGAUUCGGUUAUGUUGUUAGCGCGUGCUUUAGAUAAGUUCUUUAAAGACGGUGGGAAUAUAUCGUUUUCUAAUCACUCGAUGCUUAAUACCUUGGGAAAAAGCGGAAAUCUCAACCUUGAGGCCAUGACUGUCUUUGAUAGUGGAGAAACUCUGCUUAAAGCAAUCCUUACAACGCAUAUGGUUGGUUUAUCAGGACAGCUUCAGUUCACUCAAGAAAGGUCUCGGACACGUCCAGCUUAUGAUAUUAUCAAUGUAGCGGGAACCGGUGUUCGUCAAAUAGGCUACUGGUCAAAUCAUUCUGGUUUAUCAACAGUAUCACCUGAGUCAUUCUACACAAAGGGUCGACCAAAUAUGUCUGUUGGUGGUACAUCAAGUCCGAAACUAAGGCAUGUGAUUUGGCCAGGAGAAACAUUUACAAAACCUCGCGGAUGGGUUUUCUCUAACAAUGGGAAAGAGCUCAGGAUAGGCGUGCCUCGUCGCGUUAGUUACAAGGAGUUUGUCUCACAGAUUCGUGGAACGGAGAAUUUGUUCAAAGGGUUCUGCAUUGAUGUCUUCACAGCUGCUGUGAACCUCUUACCAUACGCAGUCCCUUUCAAGUUUGUUCCUUAUGGAGACGGAAAGGAGAAUCCGAGCUACACGCAUAUGAUUGAGAUGAUAACAUCUGGUAAUUUUGAUGGAGUAGUUGGUGAUAUUGCCAUUGUAACAAACCGGACAAAGAUUGUAGAUUUUACACAACCGUAUGCAGCAUCUGGACUAGUUGUUGUUGCUCCCUUUAAGAAACUGAAUUCAGGAGCUUGGGCUUUUCUUAGACCUUUCAAUCGACUUAUGUGGGCGGUCACGGGUUGCUGCUUUCUCUUUGUCGGCAUUGUUGUUUGGAUCUUGGAGCAUAGGACUAACGAUGAAUUCAGAGGCCCGCCGAAGAGACAAUGCGUCACAAUUCUUUGGUUUAGCUUCUCGACCAUGUUUUUCGCGCAUAGAGAGAACACAGUUAGUACACUUGGACGGUUGGUUCUGAUCAUAUGGCUAUUCGUUGUACUUAUAAUCAACUCGAGCUACACGGCUAGUCUCACGUCGAUUCUAACAGUUCAGCAGCUCUCUUCACCCAUCAAGGGUAUUGAAAGCCUUAGAGAAAGGGAUGAUAAAAUCGGGUUUCAGGUGGGUUCAUUUGCAGAGAGUUAUUUGCGGAAUGAACUCAACAUAUCAGAGUCACGGCUUGUUCCACUUGGAACACCUGAUGCCUAUGCCAAGGCUUUAAAAGAUGGACCAAACAAAGGAGGCGUUGCCGCUAUUGUUGAUGAGCGUCCUUAUGUCGAACUCUUCCUCUCCAGCAACUGCGCCUAUAGGAUCGUCGGUCAAGAGUUCACUAAAAGCGGCUGGGGUUUUGCAUUUCCAAGAGACUCUCCUUUAGCGAUAGAUCUAUCAACAGCGAUCUUGGAGCUGGCAGAGAACGGAGAUUUGCAGAGGAUCCACGACAAAUGGUUAAUGAAGAACGCAUGCACUCUAGAGAACGCGGAGCUCGAAUCAGACAGACUUCAUCUAAAAAGCUUCUGGGGACUGUUUCUCAUAUGUGGAGUUGCGUGCAUCUUCGCUCUCCUCCUCUACUUUAUUCAAAUCUUACGCCAGCUCUAUAAAAAGCCAAACGACGAUGCCAUCGCGAGAGACCAGCAGCAAAGUCAUGACUCUUCCUCUAUACGCUCCACUCGUCUACAACGAUUCUUGUCCCUCAUGGAUGAGAAAGAAGACGUUUCCAAAUCCGUAAGCAAGAAAAGAAAGAUCGACGGAUCAGUAAACGAUACUUCAGGAUCGACACGAUCACGAGGCUUCGACAGAGAACGAAGCUUCAAUUCAGUAAACCCACUAGAUUAAAAAAUGUAGUUACACUCUUAUAGAGACAUCUACAAUAUUCUUUUUAAAACUGAUUAUAGUUUCAAACUGUAUCUAAAUCUUGAUCUUAGACAAGAAGUGUCUACAUGAAAAAAUUUAAUGUUUGGUGACA